AUGAAGGCCAUCACCGUAUUCUUUGCACUUGCCGCCGCCAUCACAGCAUCUACUGUGUCCACUACGAAUGAAGGCGAAAAACUCGUAGCUCGUGAUGCGAACUGCGACUUCUGCUUCGAACGUUUCGACUUCUGUAUCAAAAACGGUCAUACUGAAGGACAGACUGGUUGCAAGCAGACCUGUGUUGAGCAUGUUUGCCAUGUGUACCGCUCCCAAGGCCAUGAGUGCAAGGACUGCGGCGGUGUAUUCGACAAAUGCCGUGAGAAGUCGCGUUACGCCUUGUAAGUAACGGACUCGAACAUGAUAUUUCGGCUCUCUCGGUGCGCGCCAUUUUUAUCUGUGAG